AUGGAGAGGAAGGAGAGCAGACCUCGACGGCUGAAGGUGCUGCGGAGUAUUGCGCUGGCGACGAAGGGGGCGACCUCGCUGCCGCUCUUGGUGCUGGUGGUGCUCGGCCUGCUCGUCUUCAUGGAGACGCGCAUUUUCCACUACAUUGGGGGUCAAACGGAGACGGACGCGAACGCCUGCACGCCCAAAGUGAUCAACGCCAACAAUAUCGAGUACCAUUCAGGACACAGAUACUACUCCGCUCUGAAGGGCAUUGGGGCGCUGCCCCCUCCAGUCAUUCGAGAGGAACACGCCAGACUCUGCAGCAAGAUCAACCGGUACAAGGCCAAGUACGAGUACUGCCUGCCGAUCUCCGGGCGGAAGGACUCGCCGUUCUGCACUGCGGCUGACCGCACGGACCUGCUUAACAUACAGGUUAAGGAUAUCUGCUACGCCAGCGUCCUGCAUAUGCUGCUGGUCGAGGUGUAUGAAGAGCUACAGGCUAAGGGGGGCGAUCCUUUCCUGGUCUUUGGAUCGCUACUGGGAGCUGUGCGCAAUGGCUCCAUGAUCCCGUUCACUGAGGAUGUGGAUAUCGGCUACGUGGGCGAGCUCGAGGCCGUCGACAAGGUGAAGCUUGCUCUGCGCAAGAAGGGCUAUCACAUGUUCUACAUGGGCAUUUGGAGGGUCUGCGUGGCGCCGACGCACCCACUGGCAGGCCAUUUGUACGACCCAGAGCUGCCCAUUACCGAGAACUUCGCCGUCCCGUACGUGGACUUGUACAUGCUCAAGCCCACAAGCAGCGGGGACUGGGAUAUGCAGGAGCUGGAAGGCAGCAAUGGCCGACUCCUCCCAGACGACAAAGUGCAGCCGUUCUCCCAAGUGACGGUCAAUGGGAUGCCAUUCGAUACGGUGCAUGACCCCAAGUUCUUCUUGAGAGAAGCCUAUGGCGACGACUACAUGACCCCAAAGCCUCGAGAAGAGGAAGAUGGAAGUAACCGGAGAGAGAAGCCCCCAAUACGAUAG